UUCCUCUCUCGGCGCUGCCCUCUCCCCUCCCCACUCCCCCUGCUCGCCCCCCGGGGCCCCUCCGUCCCCGUCCCCCCGCUGCCGCCGGCGGCCGGGCGGGUGGGUGCGAGGUCGGGGCUGACGGGCACCCCGCCCCUCCCCGGCGGGGCCGUCAUUAGGCUGCCGGUUGAUUACAGGGUAUUGAUUUGUAUGUGCUUCUCCCGGCGCCGGCCGCUCCCGCUGGUGCUGCCGGAGUUCGGGCAGCGCUUCCCGUAGCGGCGGCAGCUCCCACCAAACAUGUCGGCUCCCGCCGGGCCCCGGAGCGGCCCCGCCGCUCCUCAGCCUCCUCCGGCCCCGCAGCCCGAGAUGCCGGACCUCAGCCACCUCACGGAGGAAGAGCGGAAGAUCAUCCUGGCCGUCAUGGACCGCCAGAAGAAGGAAGAGGAGAAGGAGCAAUCCGUGCUCAAGGUCAAAGAAGAGCAAAAACCACAGUCGACACAGUGGUUUCCCUUUAGUGGGAUCACUGAGCUGGUAAAUAACGUUCUCCAACCACAGCAAAAACAGCAAAAUGAAAAGGAGCCCCAGACAAAAUUACAUCAGCAGUUUGAAAUGUAUAAGGAGCAAGUGAAGAAGAUGGGUGAAGAAUCACAGCAGCAGCAGGAGCAGAAGGGUGAUGCCCCAACCUGUGGCAUCUGCCACAAAACAAAAUUUGCUGAUGGCUGUGGCCAUAACUGUUCAUAUUGCCAAACUAAAUUCUGUGCACGCUGUGGAGGAAGAGUGUCUUUACGGUCAAAUAAGGAGGACAAAGUGGUAAUGUGGGUAUGUAACUUGUGCCGAAAACAACAAGAAAUCCUCACAAAAUCAGGAGCCUGGUUCUAUAACAGUGGAUCACAUGCACCACAGCAGCCUGACCAAGAAGGAAUUAGAGCUCUGCGGAACGAGGAAGCACCUCAAGAGAAAAAAGCAAAGCUGCAGGAGCAUCCUCAGUACCAAGGACCACCAGGUGACAUAUCCACACAAGCUUUGGACAAAAACAGAUCUCAAGGGCUCACAAGACAAGACUCAAUUAAGAAUGGUUCAGGAGUAAAGCAUCAAGUAACAAGUGACACAACAUCAGACAGGAAAAGAAGCCCAUCAAUAUCAAGAGAACAGAACAGAAGAUACGAGCAAAGGGACGAGCGAGACGAAUAUUCACAGUAUGCUACAUCAGACAGUGCGAUGCCCAGGUCACCAUCAGAUUAUUCAGAUAGACGGUCACAGCGUGGGCCUCAGUUAUAUGAAGAACCUGAACUGGGUGAUUAUAGGGAUUCCAACCGAAGGAGCCGCAGGCGUUCCAAGGAGUAUCCGGUAGAAGAAGAAGAUGCACAAAACAGGGAAGAAUAUGAAAGGCAGCGGAGAGAAGAGGAAUACCAGGCACGAUACCGAAGUGACCCUAAUUUGGCUCGUUACCCAGUCAAGCCACAACCAUAUGAGGAACAAAUGCGUAUCCAUGCUGAAGUGUCCCGAGCACGUCAUGAACGGAGGCAUAGUGAUGUCUCAUUGGCAAAUACAGAGUUGGAAGAUUCUCGGAUGUCUAUGCUCAGGAUGGAACGGCCAUCAAGGCAAAGAUCGGUGUCUGAGCGCAGGGCUGCCAUGGAAAAUCAACGUUCAUACUCUAUGGAAAGAACUCGAGAGGCUCAGGGGCCAAGUCCCAAUCGUCAGAGGACCACAAAUCAUAGCCCUCCUACACCUAGGAGGAGUCCAAUUCCUCUGGAAAGACCAGACAUGAGGCGCUCUGAUUCAUUAAGGAAACAGCACCAUUUGGAUCCCAAUUCUGCUGUACGGAAAACAAAACGUGAAAAAAUGGAGACCAUGUUACGGAAUGAUUCACUUAGCUCAGACCAGUCUGAAUCUAUCAGACCUCCCCCACCAAAGCCCCAUAAAACGAAAAAGGGAGGUAAAAUGCGCCAGGUUUCAUUAAGUAGCUCAGAAGAAGAAUUGGCAUCCACUCCAGAAUAUACAAGUUGUGAUGAUGUAGAGAUUGAAAGUGAAAGUGUUAGUGAAAAAGGGGACAGUCAAAAGGGAAAAAGAAAAACUAGUGAGCAGGCAGUUUUGUCGGAUUCUAACACCUUAUCCGAGAGGCAAAAGAAAAUGGUGUGCUUUGGUGGCCACUCUUUGGAAGAGGACUUGGAAUGGUCUGAGCCUCAGAUAAAAGACUCUGGGGUAGAUACGUGUAGUAGCACAACUCUAAACGAGGAACAUAGCCAUAGUGAGAAGCAUCCAGUAACUUGGCAACCAUCCAAAGAUGGAGAUCGUCUCAUUGGUCGGAUUUUGUUAAAUAAGCGACUAAAAGAUGGAAGUGUGCCUAGAGAUUCAGGAGCAAUGCUUGGAUUGAAGGUAGUAGGAGGAAAGAUGACUGAAUCAGGUCGACUCUGCGCAUUUAUCACCAAAGUUAAAAAAGGAAGCUUAGCUGAUACAGUGGGGCAUCUUAGACCAGGUGAUGAAGUGUUAGAAUGGAAUGGAAGGCUACUACAAGGAGCCACUUUUGAGGAGGUAUAUAACAUCAUUUUAGAAUCCAAACCUGAGCCACAAGUGGAGCUUGUAGUUUCAAGACCAAUAGGGGACAUUCCCAGAAUACCUGACAGCACACAUGCACAGCUGGAGUCCAGUUCAAGUUCAUUCGAAUCUCAAAAAAUGGACCGACCUUCUAUUUCAGUGACUUCUCCUAUGAGUCCUGGCAUGUUAAGGGAUGUUCCACAGUUCUUGUCUGGACAACUUUCAAGCCAAAGCCUUAGUAGAAGAACAACGCCUUUUGUUCCUAGGGUUCAGAUAAAACUGUGGUAUGACAAGGUUGGUCAUCAGCUAAUAGUGACAAUACUGGGAGCAAAGGAUCUUCCUUCAAGGGAAGAUGGGAGGCCAAGGAAUCCUUAUGUUAAAAUUUACUUUCUUCCAGACAGAAGUGAUAAAAAUAAAAGAAGAACAAAAACAGUGAAGAAAACAUUGGAACCAAAGUGGAAUCAGACAUUUAUUUAUUCUCCAGUUCAUCGGAGAGAGUUUAGAGAACGAAUGUUAGAAAUCACUCUUUGGGACCAAGCACGAGUUCGAGAGGAAGAAAGUGAAUUUUUAGGAGAGAUUCUUAUUGAGUUAGAAACAGCAUUACUAGAUGAUGAACCUCACUGGUACAAACUUCAAACACACGAUGUCUCUUCAUUGCCACUUCCCCAUCCCUCUCCAUAUUUGCCACGCAGACAACUCCAUGGCGAGAGCCCCACUCGGAGGUUACAAAAUAAAGGCUUAUAUUCAUAUAAUUCAGGAUCCAAAAGAAUCAGCGACAGUGAAGUCUCUGAUUAUGACUGUGAUGAUGGAAUUGGUGUUGUUUCAGAUUAUCGACAUAAUGGGAGAGAUCUUCAAAGUUCAACAUUAUCAGUGCCAGAACAAGUUAUGUCAUCUAAUCAUUGUUCUCGAUCAGGGUCCCCUCACCGUGGAGAUAGUAUAGGACGGACUAGAUCGUGGUCUCCCAGUGUCCCUCCCCCACAAAGUCGGAAUGUGGAUCAGGGACCACGAGGGACUCGAUCUACCGCUGCGCAUUACAACACCCUGAACCGCAUGGAUAGGCACCGAGUCAUAGACGACCACUACUCCCCGGACAGAGAGAGGAAUUGUGAAGCAGCAGAUAGACAGCCAUAUCAAAGAUCCAGAUCAACAGAGCAACGUCCUAUGCUAGAGCGGACCAACUCCCGCUCCCGAUCCACAGAGCGUCCUGACUCAAACCUCAUCAGGUCGAUGCCUUCAUUAAUGACUGGAAGAUCUGCCCCUCCUUCACCUGCCUUACCGAGGUCACAUCCUCGAUCUGGGUCUGUUCAGACAAGUCCAUCAAGUACUCCGGUAGUAGGGCGAAGGGGCAGGCAGUUACCGCAGCUCCCACCCAAGGGGACGUUGGAGAGAAAAGAAGCGGAAUCAUCAAGGAGAAGAAACUCAGAAGAAAAGAAAGCAGAUCCAGAGAAUGGGGAUACAGGUGCAAUGGAUGUAGAAGAAAGGAAUCGCCAAAUGAAAAUGAGCAAGUACAAACAGGUAGCAGGAUCAGAUUCCAGGCUGGAACAAGAUUAUCAUUCUAAGUAUCGGUCAGGGCGGGAUCCUCAUCGAGGCUCAGACAAUGUUUCCAAUAAGUCUUCUGACAGCGAUGUCAGCGAUGUCUCCGCUGUGUCACGGACAAGCAGCGCUUCACGUUUCAGCAGCACAAGCUACAUGUCCGUCCAGUCUGAGCGUCCAAGAGGAAACAAGAAAAUAAGUGUCUUUACAUCCAAAAUGCAAAGCAGACAGAUGGGCGUCUCAGGAAAGAACAUGACUAAGAGCACCAGCAUCAGCGGGGACAUGUACACGCUGGAGAAGAACGAUGGCAGCCAGUCUGACACAGCAGUGGGCACUGUUGGUGGCGGCAGCAAAAAGAGACGGUCCAGCAUCGGCGCGAAGAUGGUCGCCAUAGUGGGUCUCUCAAGAAAAAGUCGCAGCACAUCACAGCUCAGCCAAACUGAAGCAGGGGGCAAGAAGCUGCGGAGCACCGUCCAGAGGAGCACUGAGACAGGGCUGGCUGUGGAGAUGAGGAACUGGAUGACUCGUCAGGCUAGCCGGGAAUCGACGGAUGGGAGCAUGAACAGCUACAGUUCUGAGGGAAAUUUGAUUUUCCCUGGUGUGAGGUUGGCUGCAGAUAGCCAGUUCAGUGAUUUUCUGGAUGGACUUGGUCCCGCCCAGCUUGUAGGACGACAGACUUUGGCAACACCAUCAAUGGGAGAUAUUCAGGUGGGAAUGAUGGACAAGAAAGGACAACUGGAAGUAGAAAUAAUCCGAGCCCGUGGCCUUGUUGUAAAACCAGGUUCAAAGACACUGCCAGCACCAUAUGUAAAGGUGUAUCUAUUAGAAAAUGGAGUCUGCAUAGCCAAAAAGAAGACAAAGGUAGCAAGAAAAACUCUGGAACCACUUUAUCAGCAACUUCUAUCUUUUGAAGAAAGUCCCCAAGGGAAAGUUUUACAGAUAAUUGUUUGGGGAGACUAUGGACGUAUGGAUCACAAAUCCUUUAUGGGAGUGGCACAGAUACUUUUAGAUGAACUGGACCUGUCCAACAUGGUGAUUGGGUGGUUCAAACUUUUUCCUCCUUCUUCCCUAGUAGACCCAACUUUAGCUCCUCUCACUAGAAGAGCUUCCCAAUCAUCUCUUGAAAGUUCAACAGGACCUUCAUAUUCUCGCUCAUAGCAGCUGUGAAACUGUUGUCAUAGCAACCAGCGUUACAAAAAAAUAAAUUACAGGUCGCAAACCCUGGUAACACUGCAUGCUUAAUGUUGUGUCUUCUGAGCCUGUUUCUAGGGCUGCAACGCGAUCCUGUGUUCUCAAGGAAGUUGCACACAUUGUGCCCUACAGAAGGCCCUCAGGUGAUGGACUGAAAUCACGAAGAACUGAUAGGUUUGGAGUUCAGGGACUCAGUUUUGGUCCAAUCUGAAGCCAUGGACUAAACUAAAAAAAUCAAUCUGUUUCAUGCAACAAAAGUCCUUUUCAAUAGCAUAUCUGUUUUGUUGCUCCCGUUGCUUUAUUUAUCUGCCCUCUACUCCUAAAGCUUGGUUAUGCCACAGAAAUGGAGUUACCCUCCCACGAAGCCACGUUACAAGUCAGUGGAAUAGCAGACAGUGGAAGAAAAGAAGAAUGUAAGGAUGCUGGAGAAGUCAACUGGCACUUGCAGCAGUUGCUUGAGAUCUGAAAAAUCUUCAUAUUGAAAAGGUUCAAGACUUAAAGUGGCGGGCUUCAUACCUCCAGCUAUUCACACAGUGAAACCCCAGACAUGAUGGACUCUCUGAAAAAUAAAAUUCUGUGGAUAUACUGUACUGUAUGAAAUUAAGAAACUUUUUUGCAUGGACACAGAUUUAGCUGAACACUUAAAUUAUUUUCUUGGGGCUGCAACUUGCAAAAAAAGAAAAAAGAAUAAAUCAGCCAUUUUCAACAGUUUAUAUUAUUUUUAAAAAUAAAUUUCACUAGUGCAUGGUUUUAAAGGAAAGAGAAUGCAACAGGGUGAUACAAAGACACACCACGUUUAUCAUUCUUUAAACCAAUCAUGGUCUGUAUUUUUGCAGACUUAUAUUAAAAAUAAAAAAUAAUUUCUAGCAAAUAUUUAAAAUUCUGUUUAUGUGACAAGAAAUAAGUGUAAUAUAUUAAAUUUAUUUAAAUGUAAAAGGUACAAGCCUUGUAAAGUUCAACAUAAUGUGCAAAUUGUACACUUCUUUUACCACCUCCUUUCUCUAUCUCUCCUUCCAGUCUCCCUUCUUCCUUUUGCUCUUUUUCCCCUCUACCUCCCAGGAUGAUCAGAAUAUUCUAAAAUGGCUACCUUUUGACUUAUUACUCUCUUAUGCCCCAUAUUUGGUUCAGGGUUGCAGAUUGUUCUGCAUUUCUGAAUUAUUUGAGAAAAAUAUUGAUUAAGAACUUACUUUUUUUCAAGCAUGUUGAAAAGGAUUUUGCAACAUGGCUUGGGAGUACAUUAAUGUAAUUCAGCAUGUAUUUGAUAAAGAAGAUAUUUGAACUUUUUGCAAUUUAUUGUACAGUGCAUGGUAACUUAUUUUCAUUUUUUUCUCACCUUCAAAUUGAAUUCUGCAGCAAAAUACUGGAAUCAUGUGGCCAUUGUAAGAUGUCUUCAAUAAAUUUGUUUUCAGCACCAGCAUCUUUCAUUCAAGGACUGAACUAUCAUUUCUUGAAGGUUUUUGGAAAGAGAAAGAAUUAAGUACCUGGUUGAUUUUUAGGAAAUAAAUUUAAGCACUUUUAUUUGCACUAAACCAAAUUGAUUGCUACGUUUUUGAGAUUACAAAAGCAACACAGGUUACUAAUCCAGACAGUUCUUCUGCUGUAAAGUUCAAUUUUCAUAAAUUACAUUUGCAUUGCAAAAGACAUAAUUAGGUAAUAUCAGUCUGGAAAAUAACAGUCUUUGGUUUGUAAAAUAGCCUUAAAGAAAGCUUAUCAGUACCACUCUGACAGCUAUUUGACACCAUUACCAGAACCUCACUGCAGUUAAUGCAUCUUCAAAAACCUGGUUUUUGUAGCAUACAGUAACUACCAUUGGGUGGUGCUGCAAGUUCAAGCUUCUCAUUAAAUUAUGUUGUUUAAAGGGAAUGUAACUGGCUAACAUUUAAUAACAAAUAUCCUUUUUUUCUGGGUCUUUGUAUGCCUUUAAUACCUACUUAAGGUUUAUUAUUGAAACCUUGCAAUAAUUUUUGAAGUAUACAUUACAUUUACCUUUAAGGCCACACGCAAGUAUUCUGAUUUUAUUGAAAAAUCUAUUGAAGUUUCCCAUUAACAAACUGUAAAUGCCUCGUAAGAGGGCAAAAGUAAUAACAGUAUCACUUAUAAUGCCUUUUACUUUGUGCAAUAUCAUAGAAAUCGAGAUUGUGUCUUGUCUGCAGAGUUUAUAUAAUGGAUUAUUGUUAAUAGACAGACUGGUAAAAUUAUAUUUAUUGAAAUAAUUUAGACACCUGUCUACCAGCAGCAAAUAAAUACUACUAACAUACAGUCUACAAUAUCCCCUAGGAUAUAAACAAAAAUACAUAACCAUUUUCCUGACACUGUGAGAUGUGCUCACACAUUCUUGUAUGCAUAGUCCUAUAUAAAUUAUUUCAAAUUUUAAAAUCAAGGAGAUGACACAUGGAAGGUUUGUACAUACUUGUUGUUAUGCAGUAUUUAUUUUAAAAAAAUUAAUGUAUUUUUUUUAAUUUUCACACGUCUGCAACUCUACUUAUGGUUUAGUCAUGUAAAUAGCACUAUUCCAGUGAUCACUGCUGUCUUGUACAUAGUACGUUUUAAAAAGCUAAAAGGAAUUACAGUUGGGGAAAAAAAAAAAGGGCAGAUUAGGCCUGUCAUGAACACCAACUAAUGUAAAUCAAACUCAUUCUGGUGAUGGUAUUUAACACUUUAAAUAAAACAUUUUCUUUACAGAA